GCCUAAGGGCAAUAGUGCUCAUUCAAAUGCUAUAAAAAGCAACACACAACCAUUUGUACAACCCUCCCUCUCUACUAUAUUCUCCUUGACUCUUUCUCUAUUUCAACUUUCAAAUCUUUCUCUUAAACCAUUCUAUUUUCUUAAUACAUACACAAAUUAGAGAAACUAUGUGUCAUCUAAAUUCUCAACCUCCUUGCAAAUGCAAUAAUUCAAAUUCUGAAUAUUUAGUUGUUUCAAUCAAAGACACAAAAAUUCCCAACAACAACAACAUGAUGACCAAUCCACUUAUCCAAAAAGAUACAAACAUAGAGAAUCCAUUUCCAACAAUACAAAUCCAAAAAACCCAUCUUAGAGCUACCUUCAAAGAAGUAAUUUCUAUAUCCAAAAUUGCUUUUCCUAUGAUCCUAACCGGUCUCUUACUUUAUUGUCGUUCGAUGAUCUCCAUGCUCUUUCUUGGUCACCUCGGCGAACUUGCUUUAGCCGGUGGUUCACUCGCGGUCGGUUUUGCUAACAUUACCGGUUACUCAAUCCUCUCCGGUCUAGCCGUAGGGAUGGAACCUAUUUGUGGACAAGCCUUUGGUGCCAAAAGAUUCACUCUCCUUGGUCUAUGCUUACAAAGAACCAUUCUCUUACUACUCUUAACUUCUAUCCCUAUUUCAAUACUUUGGCUUUACACAAAACAUAUCCUUCUUUUAUGUGGCCAAGAAGAAUCUAUAGCUACACAAGCUCAAAUCUAUCUUCUCUAUUCCAUUCCUGAUCUCUUAGCACAAUCUUUUUUACACCCUUUAAGAAUUUACCUUAGAAGCCAAUCCAUUACUCUGCCUCUAACUCUUUGUGCUACUUUAGCAAUUUUUCUUCACAUUCCCAUAAACUAUUUUCUUGUUUCUCACCUCAACAUGGGAAUCAAAGGUGUUGCUUUAAGUGGGGUGUGGACAAAUUUCAACCUUGUUGCUUCUUUGAUUCUUUACAUAGUUUUCUCUGGCACACACAAGAAAACAUGGGGUGGUUUUUCAUCACAAUGUUUCAAACAAUGGAAAUCACUUCUCAAUUUAGCUAUCCCGAGUUGUCUUUCUGUUUGUCUCGAAUGGUGGUGGUAUGAAAUCAUGAUUUUGUUAUGUGGUUUGUUGAUAAAUCCAAGAGCAACCGUUGCUUCUAUGGGAAUUUUGAUUCAAACUACUUCUUUACUCUAUAUUUUUCCAUCAUCAAUAAGUUUUAGUGUUUCAACUAGAGUUGGUAACAAAUUAGGAGCUCAAAAGCCAUCAAAAGCAAAACUUUCUGCCAUUGUAGGACUCUCUUGUAGCUUCAUUUUGGGUUUGUUUGCUUUGGUUUUUGCCAUAAUGGUUAGGAACAUUUGGGCUAGCAUGUUCACUGAAGACAAAGAGAUAAUAAAAAUUACAUCUUUGGUGUUACCUUUAAUAGGGCUAUGUGAACUUGGUAAUUGUCCUCAAACAACAGGGUGUGGGGUGCUAAGAGGAACAGCAAGGCCUAAAGUGGGUGCAAAUAUCAAUUUUGGUAGUUUUUAUAUUGUUGGAAUGCCAGUGGCAAUUUGGUUAGCAUUUUUUGUUGGGUUUGAUUUUCAAGGAUUGUGGCUUGGAUUGCUUGUGGCACAAGGUACUUGUGCUGUGACUAUGUUGGUGAUUUUGAGUCAAACGGAUUGGGAUGGUGAAGCAUUAAGAGCUAAGAAUUUAACAAGAAGUGAUGUUGUUGAUGUUGAUGACACCAAAGAAAUUGAUGAAGAGAAGUUACUUAAAGCUGAAAUUAAGGAAGAUUCUUCUUAAUCAUUAGCUGACUCGGAUAAUUAAUUAAGAUAUAAACAAUCACGGGUCUAACAUUGAUUAACACGUUUUUUUGUACCAAAAAAAACAAGAGAGAAAUCUUAGGAAUUUGUCUUUGUUGCAAGUUGGGGAGGGAGAGGGUAGAAACAGAGGAAUAGGAUGACUUUUUUGUAAUUUUGUUUAAUUUUAGAUCAAAAGUGUUGAAUGUGGAUGAAGGAAUUUAACAACUCUUUGUUUAUAUUAUUUUUUAAAAAAAUCUUGAAAUUUAUCUUCA